AAAAAAAGCGGAAGGCAUUUCAAAUUGGCAACCAGUAAUUAAGAACCACGAUUCGCGAGCUAUAAAAGCACUAGGGGUGUCUAUUCAAGGCAGUUACUUCUUAGUCCUAAGCGGCAGAAAAUAUAAAUGUUCGGAUACUUUAAGCUCAUGUAUCCGGCUCCUAUAACGGAGCCUAUCAGCUCUAGAGACUCUAAUGCUUAUCUACUGGAAACACUCCGAAUCUCGGGCCUUAACCUACGGAACGACUUCGGAGUGGGUCGCAAGAUUUGGAGGGUGUUCUCCUUCACUUACAAUAUGCUGAUACUACCCGUGAGUUUCCCGAUUAACUACACGAUCCACCUAGCGGAGUUUCCGCCGGAUCUGCUGCUGCAAUCGCUUCAGCUGUGUCUCAACACCUGGUGCUUUGCUUUGAAAUUCUUCACGUUGGUAGUCUACAUGACUCGUCUAGAGCUGGCCAACAAACAUUUCGACCAGAUGGACAAGUUCUGCGUUAAGUCGGAGGAGAAACGCAAGGUACGCGAUAUGGUGGCCACCAUUACCAGGUUGUACCUGAUAUUCGUCGUAGUCUACGUUCUUUACGCCACCUCAACGCUUCUGGACGGCCUAUUUCAUGACCGUGUUCCGUUUAACACCUACUAUCCGUUGGUAAACUGGCGAAUUGAUCGGACUCAGUUGUAUAUUCAGAGUUUUCUGGAGUACUUUACUGUCGGCUAUGCAAUAUUCGUUGCCACCGCUACCGACUCCUACCCGGUGAUAUACGUGGCAGCCCUGCGCACCCACAUUCUAAUGCUAAAGGAUCGCAUCAUUCAGCUAGGCAAGUCCAAAAGCGAGUCUAGCAUCGAUCCAAACUCUAUGUUUACAAGCCUAGUGGAUUGCAUUAAGGCUCACAGAACCAUGCUGAAUUUCUGUGAGGCCAUUCAACCGAUCAUCUCUGGUACAAUUUUUGCCCAAUUUAUAAUUUGCGGAUCCAUUUUGGGGAUAGUUAUGAUAAAUAUGGUGCUGUUCGCAGAUCAGUCCACCCGAUUUGGCAUCAUAACCUACGUUAUGGCUGUCCUUUUGCAAACUUUUCCGCUUUGCUUUUACUGUAACGCUAUUGUGGACGACUGUAAUGAGCUGGCGGACGCACUGUUCCAUUCCGAGUGGUGGAUGCAGGACAAGCGCUACCAGCGGACAGCUCUCCAGUUUCUGCAGAAGCUCCAACAGCCGAUGACGUUUACGGCAAUGAAUAUAUUUAACAUUAAUUUGGCCACCAACAUCAAUGUUGCAAAGUUUGCCUUCACCGUCUACGCUAUCGCCAGCGGAAUGAACCUGGACGAAAAGUUGCAGAUUCAGGAAUAAUAAUAACCGCACUUAUAAACUUAACACUUGUUUGCUUUGAAGUAGUAUAAUAGACGUAUAUGCAUACAGUGAAUUAUGAAUAACAUAAACUAGUUAAAACAAUAAUUGAUCAAAAAAUAUGUAAUAAAGAAAAUCCCUAUAAAUGUAUACCGUAAAGCCCCUGCAGAAGUCUAUUGGUUGGUGGGAACCUUGGUUGCUCUCGGAAAUCGGAGUCUAGUUCCACAGAGGGCGAUUCUUCUCUUUUAUUGUCUAUGGGCUAUAUUGCUCCUUGCAGUGGCGGAAGAUGGAGUUAGUGACGUGUUGGCGGGAG